CAGUAAAGGAAAGGGAAAUGUUUGAUGGAUUGUGAAGUUCGCCUGGUAAUGUUGCACAGAGCAAGGCAAAUUAAUUUCGCGUAUUUGACUUGAUGGAUUGAUAGUGGAAUGGAAGCGGGUGACAGCAUGUGAAGCGGCUGAAGUAUUUGAAGCUGUGGUCGGUCGGAGAUCUUUCAGCAGUGCGGAAGAGAGAGGGAUGGGGCAGAUAUAUGCCAUCAAACUGACUCACAAGGGACUGAAAUGAUGCGGAGAUAACGCCAGGAAAUAAAGCCCGAAGAUCAAGAGUUCAACACAAUAAGAGACAGAAACAUGCUCAAUCGGAGAGAGCGGUGAGCGAAACAAGGCACCGAAAUUGAUCAAGCCAGCUAGCUGUCAGACUCGCUGUACGCUCCAGAAGCCUCGACACACACUGUGGAUCUUUGACAGCUCGUUUUUUUUUUUUUUUUUUUUUGUACUAGUGAAACUUUUUUUUAAAACAUCGCGACGCAAAUGGAUUGAAGUGCUGUUUGAUUCAGCCAAAUCGAAAGCAAGUUCUAAAUGCAGAAGCUGUGAUCAGUGACACCGCGGGAAAUUGUUGAACAAAAGACACGAGACCAAGUUGAUACUUUCCUGUAACUACAAACCAAAGUUGGAGGUGGAACAUUUAAUGCAAAAACAACCACACCCCCCUCCUCUCUGCCUCCAAGCCCCUCCUACUGCAUCGUCAUGGCGAUGAGCAGUGAUCCUGGUUCCAUGGGGGCGGACUUUGACUCAGAUUCCUCACAGACUUCUGAGAUGGCUGACAAGAUGUCGGCUGUCUGCUUGAGGUCUGAUCCCUCCUCCAAUGAAGUAAAGAAUGGGACAGGUGUUAAGAAAGCUCCACUUCAGAGGCCACACCUGUCAGGCAGGAAGAUGUCAUUGCAGGAAAGAGGGACAUAUGUGUCUUCUGGGGGCGGAGCUGAUCGCUAUUCCCACAUCUCAGCACGAGUGGCCAGACAGCCAACUGUUGAGUCCAAACGAGUGUCCAUCUCAGAAUCACAGGAUUGCAUUCAGCUUAACCAGUACAAGUUAAAGAGUGAGAUUGGAAAGGGCUCAUAUGGCGUUGUCAAGUUGGCGUACAAUGAGGAUGAUGACAAAUAUUACGCAAUGAAAGUUGUGUCUAAGAAAAAGCUGAUGAAACAGUGUGGUUUUCCACGUCGCCCUCCUCCCAGAGGUCCUAAAGCAGCCCAAGGAGAGCAGCCCAAGGUGCUUGGUCCUUUGGAGAGAGUUUACCAGGAGAUAGCCAUUCUGAAAAAACUGGACCACCUCAACAUUGUUAAACUGGUUGAGGUGCUGGAUGAUCCGGCAGAGGACAACCUUCACAUGGUAUUUGAGCUGAUGCAGAAGGGGCCUGUGAUGGAGGUCCCCACCGAUAGUCCCUUCAAUGAGGACCAGGCACGCCACUACUUCAGAGAUAUUGUUCUGGGCAUCGAGUACUUGCACUAUCAGAAGAUUGUUCACAGGGAUAUCAAGCCAUCUAAUUUGUUACUGGGAGAUGAUGGUCAUGUCAAGAUUGCUGAUUUUGGAGUCAGUAACCAGUUUGAGGGUAAUGAUGCCUUGCUGUCCAGCACUGCCGGCACUCCUGCUUUCAUGGCCCCAGAGACGCUAUCAGACAAUCGCAAGAGCUUCAGUGGAAAGGCUCUUGAUGUGUGGGCUAUGGGAGUGACUCUCUAUUGUUUUGUGUAUGGGAAGUGCCCAUUUAUUGAUGAGUACAUACUGGCACUUCACAAUAAGAUCAAGAGUAAGCUGGUGGAGUUCCCCGAGAUGCCAGCUGUCAGCGAGGAGCUGCAGAACCUGAUCUUACGAAUGCUGGACAAAAACCCAGACACCAGGAUCACCAUUCUUGAGAUCAAAGUGGACCCCUGGGUAACUCAGAAUGGGGAAGACCCAAUGCCUUUAGAAGAAGAGCAUUGUACUGUGGUGGAAGUCACUGAAGAAGAAGUGCAGAACUCUGUAAAGUUUGUCCCCAGCCUGUCUGCUGUGAUAUUGGUCAAAGCCAUGUUAAGGAAGCGUUCCUUUGGGAAUCCAUUUGAGUUUCCCAGCAGAAGAGAAGAGAGAUCCAUGUCUGCACCAGGCAGUCUGCUCAUGGACUCGUGGCCAUUCCGUCCUUCUUUUAAACUCCAGCCCUCAUUAAGAAAAGGAAGCAGUGGAGAGACUGGUAGAGAAGUGGAGCUUGAGGACUUGCAUGAGGAUGAAGCACCCACCUCCUGAAAGUCUCUACAGAUCUUCACAGCUCAUGAAGUCAUCCAUUCAGACAUUUGCAACACUACGAGCAGAUUCAAACCACACUGCUACAGCCUAUUUUCAGGGACUAACCUUGACGUCAAACUGGAUUCUUCUAUUGCAUCCUUCAGUCUUUUCACUUUCCUCAGUCUUUCAAAAGAAUCACUUUCACCCUCUUUUUGAGUCCACCAUAGUAACAGUUCUCUUUUCAUGAGGCAUUUUAGGUCUGAGCAUGUUCUCUUUCCUCAGUCCUACCUUGCUAAACUGGGGAGGAUUACAUCAUUUUCUCCUUCUCAAAGUUUGGAUCUUUCGAACUGUGUCACAUUGUUUCCUCUCAUCCAUGCUAAGCAAUUGGAAACAAUCUAUACUGAACCAGAAAGACAGACCUUGAAAGACAGCCUACGCCACAAGUUGUCUUGAGCAUAGGCCUACAGCAUGGAUAAAAGAUUAUGACGUGAACAUGGUACAGCAGCCCAUAAAGCUAAAAGCAGCUAUGGCAUUGAUAUAGUGUAGCCAUCAUAAUGUUUGUACAUGUGUAUAAAAUAAUAGCUAUGGCGUCUUGCCUUUUGCUCUUUGUAUACAUUAACGUGCAGUUCUUGACCCUAUUAGUCAUAACAUGCCUGAAAUAUGGCCUUUUCCAUAUUAUGGUGAAAUAUGGUGUUUCCAUAUCUCUUGUUUCUUUUUUUCCUUUUAUACCAACUAUAUUUUCUCAUUUCAUUCAGACACAAUAUAUGACCACACACACACAGUGUUGCAGUGUGAAUCAAAGGGGCUUAAGUAACUAGUAGACACUAAGACUUUAAAGAGGCCUCUCAGUGUAGAAAUGUCUCAAAAAUGCACAUUCUGUAAAUUCUAGAAAACAGGGCUUUCUCAUGAAACGUACAUUAUGAGUGCGCUUCAUCUCCCACAUGGGGACCAUAUUUUUGUCAAAUAGGACGUAUUUCUGGAUCAACUUCCUUAAGGGCCGUUCAGACCAAACUCCGUUUUUGUGUCCAUUUGCACUGUUUUUAAUUGUUUUUAUAUGUAAACAUGCUUUAGACUGACAUCUUUGACUGUUGUGCCACGUAUAGUUUUUUUUAAGACGCUGUGUCAAGUUAAAAAUACAUAAACUUUUAAAAACGUGUUCUGAAACACCUGCAUUCUUCAUCUUUCACUUCACUGCAUCUAGCAGUCAGAUUUAGGUAGGCAUGUCCCGAUGCCGAUACUGGUAUCAGAAUUGGGUCCGAUACCGCGCUCAUGUACUUGUACUCAUGCUUGGAAAAAUGCUCUGAAACCAAAAACCGAUACCAUCUGAAGUACGAAUGUCAUUACCUAAACAUUCAACGUGCUAAUUAAAAUCACAUUAUGUCCUAGUGAGAUUAUUUAACCGCAAAAGCUGUAAUUUAAUGAGAUAAAUAUGUAGUUUGCAUGUGCUGCGCGCCUUAAAAUGCGAGUGCUUGUAAAUGUGUGGAGCCGGUGUUGUGCUGACAUAAAGACACAAAGUUCUCCUUGACUCAUACACGGAAUACACCAUCAUGAGCAUCGCAUGCUCUGUUUGUACGAUGACAGCGAGCAGAGUGCUAAUUCACUUUGUAGCACCUGGCACAUACAGCCUACAUAUUUAUUUAAUUAAAUAUCAGCCUUUUGUGGUUUAAUAAUCACUCUGAGUCACAUAGUGACCAGCUUUUCCGGAUUGAGAAGCUACGUCAUAGCAAAACAGAAACACUUCAAAAUAAAAAAAUUAAAAAUAAAUAAAAGCUCCGCCAAAAUAAAAGCUCAAUUUAAAUUGAAAAAAGUACUACAGAAAUAUAUCACUACUGUAUAGUUGUUAUAUUCACUGUAAUCCUAUUACUACUACUGCUAAUAAUAAUAAAUAAAUAGUGAUUGUAUUAAAUUUAAGCAAUAUCUCACAUCUAUGAUGCUCUGUUAUACAGUACUUUAUUUGACAAAAUAUAAAUCCAAUGUUGUAUUUUGGACUUUGCUGUGAGGUUCUGUAAUUUGAUCAAAAUAAUACAAUAUUAUGUUGAAAAUUAAUUAGAAUUAAAAAAUUAAAAAAAAAAAAAAAUAGUAUUGGGACAUCCUUAGAUUUAGGGUUAGAAUUAGUGUUAGGACAGUCUUAACCGAUUGCAUAUUGCACACAAAACUGGAAAAUAAUUUACUUGAUCAAUCUGGUAAACACUACUCUGAUUGGCUGGUUUGAUGCAACUUCCUCAAAUAAGGGCACAUAUUGUAGGCUUCUUAUAUCAGUCUGCCUGGAAACAAAAACGUUUGAGGAUGAAAUAAUCUAUGGAUUUGCAAAAGUUAGUCAGGUUAUUGAUAUCAAAUCUUUUAAAGAUACUCAGAAUUUUAUAUUCUUCUUUGUUUUAUUAGUUAUGUCUGUGAAAUAGUUUGCAUUUAUUUUCUGUACUGUACUAUACUGUACUGUACUUAGACUCCUUACUAAAUCAUUUACUGCUAUUUUUCCAUGUGUUUCCGGUACAAUCGUAGCAGAAACUAAUGCAACAUUAUUUAAAUUCAUUUUUUCCUGUUGGUCUAUUAUUGUGGUAUUGCCCCGUUCUUAAACAGCACAUAUUGCAUGAACAGUAUGAACUGUGAUUGAUUGCUUAACAUGUCAUUCAGAUGGCACUUCUUGUCUAAGUAGGAGUAAGUUGCAGUGAGGGCCAGACAUUUUGCUGUCAAGUCAAAACGUUUGGCUACGCGAGGCUAGGAUUAGUCUUAGUGCGGGGAUUGGGGCUUCCAAAAUUUUCUAAUCAACCAAUUAUUUCCCUUUGGUUUUAGUGGUAAUGGUUAGGGUUAGGACUGUUUAUUUGAUAUGAACGUAGUUCCAGGACCAACAAAAGAUACUGAACCCAGGAACACAUCCUACUGUACUUGGCAAAAUCACGGCCACCUCUCUCACACACACAUUAUAACAGUGCUUUGUCUAACUACAGGAACAGAAUGUGUCAUUGUUUACAGAGUCUGCACAUUCCAAAAGGCCUGUUUGUCAGUCAGCUGCACUAAAAGGCUCACAAACACACUCACAAACAUGCCAUAACAUGUUGAUGUGGAAUCACUUUCACUCAGAACAGACAAGCCAAUUGAGGGAAGGGUCUGAAUAUGGUGUUUAGCUCUGGAGCGAAAGUGAACUGCCAUUCAAUGUCACCAUGGUCCUUCUCGGCCUAGAUUAACUCUGUCCAAAACAAUACGCCUUGUUUACAUCAGAUCCUCUGCCAGGCAAGCCAAUCAUCUCAUCAUCCUAAACUGCAAAUUCAGAAUGCAAAAAGAUUCUUAUUGUGGACAACCAUUUUAACUGCACAUUGGCAAGCAUGACAUUUUAUUAUAAGCACUGACAAAGCACUCCUAUUUUAAUUCGAUUUUUAUAAUUGUGAAAGCCUCAUCGAGCCUGGUUCUGUUUUAAUGAAUUUUACAAGUACAAAACUGGAUGCUUAAUCAGGUCAGCUGCCAAUCAGUUCCCAUUAAACUGAUUAUGAAAGUAGUGAGCGCUUACUGGAAACCGUUUCACUUAUUUAGAGGACUCAUUAUUUCAAGGCCCAGUGAUAAGCUACAGUGAACUGCUUUCAUUAUUUUCUCACUAAUAUCCUGAGCAGAUGGUGGUCCAUUUUCCUGACUCCUACACAUUCUUCCCUCCUCUCUCUCUUCUCCCAUCUCUCUCUUUCUUUCUCUUUUAUGCACACACUCCUUGUAGAUUGCUUCUUGUCCAUACAAUUGUCUAUUUAAACUGAAUAACACAGGAACACCAUUUUCAGUAACACUUUACAAUAAGGUUGUAUAGAUUAACAUUAGUUAACAUGAACUAACAAACAGCAUUUAGUAAAAUGGGUUCAUGUUCAUUUCUACAUUAUACAUUUUUACAUUAAAAGUUAGACAUUAACAUUAGUACAUCUUAGUUCAUUAUGCAUUAUCUAACAAUGAACAAUUUUACAUUUAUAAAUUAAAAUUAACCAAGAUUAAAAAAUGCUGUAAACAAAGUGGGUAAAACUUUAUAACAAGGCUGUAUUCGUUAAAAUUAGUUAAAGGAACAUUUCGGGUUAAAUGCAAGUUAAGCUCAAUUGACAGCAUUUGUGGCAUAAUACUGUUUACCACAAAAAUUUAUUUUUACUUGCCCCUCCUUUUCUUUUAAAAAAGCAAAAAUCUGGGUUCCAGUGAGGCACUUACAAUGGAAGUGAAUGGGGUCCAAUCCGUAAACUUUAAAAUACUCACUGUUUCAAAAGUAUAGCUUCAAGACAUAAAAAAUAUAUUAACAUGAUUUUACUGUGAUAAAAUCACUUACUAACCUUUUCUGUGUGAAGUUAUAGCCAGUUUUACAACUUCGUUGCCAUGACGAUGUAAUGUCAAUAAACUCUAAAAUGACUUUAAAAUGACGAUUUAAACAGCUUUACAGCUCAAAUAAUACAUGAGUUUUAACAGAAGAAUUAAUUUAAGUGAUUUUAUAAAAUUAUAAGCUUCAAAUUUCUGCCCUUAAACCCUCCAAAACUUGGCCCCAUUGACUUCCAUUGUAAGUGCCACUGUAACUUGCCAUACCAUUUUGAAAGAAAAAGAGUCCUUUUUUUUUUUUUUUUUUUUUUUUUUUUUUUUUAUUUAUUUUUUUUUUUUUGUAAUCAGCAUUAUGCCACAAACGCUGUCAGUUGAGCUUAACUUGUUUUGAAGUUAAAGGAAUAUUCCUUUAACUAUGAACAUCCUUUUUCAGCACUUAUUGUUCUUGGUUAAAGUUCAUUUCAACAGAUACUAAUAUAUAUAUAUAUAUAAUUUUUGUUUUUUAAUUUUAAUUUGUAUACAGUUUGAUAACUUUAGUUAAUGCAUUACGAACUAUCAUGAAUGAACAAUUGUAUUUUCAUAAAUGAACAUUAACCAAGAUUAAUAAAUACUGUAAUAAAAAACUGUUCAUUGUUCGUUCAUGAAACCUAAUGCAUAAAUUCACCUAAUUGUAAAGUGUUACAAAAUUUUCAGUGCCAAAUGACUGGUCUUUUUAUGGUCCGUUGGUAUGGAGUAUUUGAUUCGUGCAUUAAAUGGAGUCUUGUCUCUUUUGUUUUAAAUGCACUGAGAUUCUGUAUGUGGUACUCAGGGUCUGGACAUUACUGUUUUGGAAAUAUACAGAGAGAGUGGUGUAGCAUAUUCUGUGUUCCGGAGUUCUAAGAUGCGUUUAUUUACUGUAAAAAUAAUUAUGCAUCCAUUUAUGCAUAUUUCAAUUUCUAUAUGUGUCUCAAAUUAACAGUCCUCUUGUCAGUUAGUUCUUGAUGUAUGCUAUGCACCUGUUUGUGUCUUUAUGUACGGCAUGUUCCUUAACUUGCUAUAACUUUUACUAGGUUUUACAAACCUCUCUCUUGGUUUGCUAUUCCUUUUGAUAUCUAUGUGAGAAAAACAAAUCACCUCUAUCUCUAAAACCCCUUUAAAUUUUUCUGCAGGACUUUUAUAUAAGCUAAACAUAUGCAGCAGUCUAUAUGUCAUACCUCUCUGUAUGCAUUCAACUGAAGUGCUAAGGCUUUAUAUCCUGUUUUUGUUGCAGCUCAUGUGCAAUUGAUUGCAGGCUUGAUCACUCAUAGUUUUUUUAGAGUGUGUAUCCACAUUUGCAAAGAUUUGUUUAUCAUGAAUCUGAAAGAAGAGAGAGAAAUGUGACCAUUUGUAACUCAACUUGGGCAUUUUGUAGCUGAAUAACAUUCCUGCUAUCAAAGCUUUUAUGGUUUUACUUUUUAAAUGAUGGUAAAAUGAUAAAUGAGCAUUUUAGGGAUCAUAAAAUUCUGUAAUCAUUUACUCAUAUUUUUCAAAACCCAUAUGACUUUCAAAAUAAUUUGAGGCCAGAAUGUUCAUCACCAUUCACUUUUAUUGAAUCUUUUUUUUUUUUUUUUUCAUACAAGUGAAUGGAGACUGAGGCCAAAAUUUUGAUUACCUUUUCCUUUUGUGUUCUAUGAAGGAAAGUCAACAAAAUGAGGGUGAGUAAAUGAUUACAAUUGAAUUUGAGAGAACUGUCUUUUAAAAUUUCCCUUUCUAACAAAAGUCAUUUGAGGGAUUUUAUGAGACUUUCAUUGCAAGGUAUAUUAGUAGGUGUAUAUAAAUCUUCCUCAUAUACCUGCUGUUUAAACUUAUGAGAUAUUUGUGUCAGAGUGCCUGAUAUUGCUAGUUAAUUUAUAGUUGUCUGUAUUCUGUUGCAUUGAUUUUGAAUGUAAUUUGUUAACAUGUAAUUCCAAUAGACACAUAGACAAAAAAGAGCAUGGCCCAAGAAAGCACUGAAUGCAACUCUAACCAUGUACUGUAAAUAUGUACCAAAGCAUAUAAAGAUGCUAUUUUUUGCAUGCUUUUUGUACACAUAGACAUAAUCAAAGCCAAUAAAAAUAUCACAAGUGACUUUGA